UAUCUUGUCUUCCCCUGUAAAUAAACUCUCCAUCCCUUCAGGGGCCGUUUCUCUCCACAUCCAUGGCGAUUUCAUUACCAGUGACCUUCAGCUUCAAUACCAUAAUACACCGAAAACCGCAAUCUUUAUCAGAAUCAACAACAAGAGCUCCGUUUCUCUUCAAACCUUCGCUUGAAAUUCUCUCGAAAUCUCACAUUUGCUUCGCGUUGCCUCCCUCUAACAGCGGAGACAGCUCGGGAUUUGAGCAGCGAGAGGAAGCACGGUGGCUCCGGGAAGAGCAGCGGUGGCUCAGGGAGGAGCAGCGGUGGCUUCGUGAAGAGCGGCGGUGGAACGCUGAACGUGAAGCUCUUCUAAGAGAAAUUCAGGCCCUGCAGCUUCAAAUUCAGGAGCUCAAAAGUCGGAGCCCAUUGCAGGAAGUGUCCGUCUCCGAGACUGUUGCUAAUAUAGUGAAGUUAUUGCAGGUAUUGAAGGAGGGUGACUUGGUUAACAAUGUAAAUAGAAUUGCAGAGAGUGGAUCAAUUGCAGUGCCAUUGGUCAUGGAGGCUACAAAAGAGGAAGAGGAGGUGGUUAUCAAGGAAAUUGUUAAAGAAGUAGAGAGAGAGGCCGGGGAAGUGAAGAAAAGGAAAACUUUGAGAAAGGGAUCUGAAGGAGAUGAUGUUCGGUUUAUGCAGGAGGCACUGCUAAAGCUGGGCUUUUAUUGUGGUGAGGAAGACAUGGAAUAUUCCACUUUUUCUUCAGGGACAGAGCGUGCUGUAAAAACUUGGCAGGCCUCAUUUGGAGCCACAGAAGAUGGCAUUAUGAGUUCAGAACUUCUUGAGAGAUUAUACAUGGAACAAACAUUUGAGAAAUCUGACUUGAGAUUGAAUGAGAAUCCGGAGCAACAUGAUGUGAAUUCUCUAGAGGCACGAGCAAAUGGAGUACCAGUUGCUUCUAUAAUGGAAAUAUCAGAAUUUGAGCAGAAAGUUGUUAAAGAAGGUGACACAGAAACUGAUAUUACCCAGCAUCGGGUGUUUCUACUUGGAGAGAACCGGUGGGAAGAACCAUCGAGGCUUAAGGGAAACAUGCAACCAGCUCCAACCAAGAGUUCAAGUGGCAAGGCAACAACAAAGUGUCUCUCUUGCCGUGGAGAGGGCCGCUUAUUAUGCAUGGAAUGUGACGGAAGUGGUGAGCCAAAUAUUGAGCCACAGUUUUUGGAAUGGAUAGAUGAAGACACAAAGUGUCCAUACUGCGAAGGUCUUGGAUUUGUAACUUGCGAUGUAUGUGAAGGUAAAAAGGUGGUUGAGACAUGAUACAUGUAUUGUACUUUCCCUUUUAUUUCCUUUUUUUUUUUUUUUUAAAUCCUUCUAUCCCAUUUUUCUUGUGUUGGUGUAGAGGAAGGGGAAUUUGGUAGAUAGACAGCAAAGCACAUAUGUAUAUGUAGUUUAAUACAAAAUUAUGUUUAAUGUCACAAAUAGUAUUCAUGUACACAAAAAAAAAAAAAAAGAAAGAGCGUAAUUGAUCUGA